AUGCCAUCGCGCUUUGCUCUUUCAUGCGCGGACUGUGAGGGUGCGCGCGGCGCCAUGGCGGACAGCAUUCUCUUCGAGGAUAUCUUCACGCUCACCGACAUGGACGUCGGCGGCAAGAAGUUCGACAAAGUGUCGCGCAUAGAGGCGCGCAGCGAGCAGUUUGACAUGGCGCUGUCGCUGGACGUGAACACGGAGGUGUACCCGCUGGCCGCAGGCGACAAGUUCACCCUCGCGCUCUCGCCCACGCUCAGCCUCGAAGGCGUCUCCGAUGAAGGCGUGUACGACCAGUCGGGGAGGCAGUCACUGAUGGACCGCUACGAGUACGUGAUGUAUGGCAAGCUCUACAAGUACAGCGACGCCACUGGCAGCGCCGCCGACGCCGAAAUCUACGUCUCAUUUGGUGGUUUGCUCAUGCGCUUGGCUGGGGAUAGCACAAACCUAAAAGAUUUCCAUAUUGAUCAGCGGCUGUAUAUUCUUAUUAGAAAGGUCUAA